AAUGGGUGUAACUUGUUCUUGUGGGCUAAGGGACUUGUUCAAGUCGUCAACUAGCCAGAAGUAUGAACAGAAACCGCCUGAUCAGCAGCAGCCCCCUGUAGAUCCCACUCUACAGAGACAGCUGCCCCACCCAUCCAUACCAACAGUCGCUCCUGCUAUUCCAAUUAUCAGACAAACGAUACCGCCGCAGACAACAGAGUUGAGGGCAAUUUUUAGCUUCACGGCGGAAAAUUCAUCCACCGGGUCCAGUGAAAUUGACCUCGUGCGAAACAGAGUCUACGAUUUGAUCGCUUCGGACAUUGAGGAGUGGUUUUUGGUGCAGUGUAAAACCACUUUCAAUAAAGGAUUCGCACCAGCUAAGUACCUGCAGCCAGCCAAUUUGCCAGUCCAGCCUGACUGGUUCUUUGAGGAUAUGGACAGAAGCAAGGCUGUUGAAAUUCUGCAGCUGACUAUGCACACCAAGGGCAACUACAUUAUCAGGAAUUCUUCGAACAGGCCGAAUUGCUUUGCCUUGUCGCUGAGAUGUUCGGAGGACGACCCCUAUGACAGAGGAGCCAUUAAGCAUUACAUCAUAAAUAUUGAUUCUCAGAAUCAGUAUUUCUUAAAUGAGAAGAAUCGAUUUAAAACAAUGGACGAGUUUCUUUCCCAUUAUUCCAACCACGCGGGUGGGAUGGAGGUUCCGCUGAUGGCCCCAUGUGCUAAAGAGAAGCCAAUGGUGCCGAACCGUAUUAAGCGAGACAUGUCUGGGUUGUCUCAGAUACCUCCAGAGCAACUCAGAUGGCUGGAGAAGUUGGGGAAGGGGUGCUUCGGAGAAGUCUGGAAAUGCCAGAUGAGGGGUCGAGAGGUGGCCGUAAAAACGCUAACUUCCGAAAACUCGGAGAGCAGACAAGGAUUUCUACGGGAGGCGGAGAACAUGAACAAAUAUCGGCACCCGAAUCUGGUCGAAUUUGUUUGUGUAUCAUACAACGAGCGAGACAAUAAACUCUACUUAGUGUCUGAGUUAAUGGCUGGUGGUGACUUGCACGCGUUCUUAAGCAAGCGAAGAAAGGCCAAUGUGCGAUUUCAUAUAAACUACAUGCUGAAAAUCGCCCUGCAGGUUCUGGAUGGAAUGAUUUACCUGGAGGCGCAUCAUGUAGUGCACAGGGAUCUGAGAGCACAGAACGUGCUAGUUUCAAACGAGGAGAUUUUUAAGAUUUCCGACUUCGGUCUUCUCAUUGACGAAAGCUCAAAGGAUGUCCAUUCGAAGUUCCCAAUUCGCUGGACAGCGCCGGAAGCGAUUCGAGAUGCUAAAAACUUCUCGACUAAAAGUGACGUCUGGAGUUUUGGGAUCUUAAUGAUGGAGAUCGUGACGAUGGGAAUUAACCCAUACCCGGAUUUGAGCAACCACAAAGAUGUCCAGAGGUUCGUAACUCAGGGCAACAAUCAUCCGAAGCCGGAAGAAUGUCCCGACAGUCUCUACGACGUCGUCACUUUGUGCUGGAUGUCAAACCCUGACCGAAGACCCAAUUUCGAAGGUCUAAAAAAUACACUGGAAGACAGGUUACUUGACAAAGACGGACAAUACAACGACCACUGAAGACCAGCUGAACACGCUACGCAGUCUGGCUGGCUUAACCUAAGACGAUCUUUCUUCAAUCAUAUCAAAAACUGUCUAAAAUAUUUAUGAAAUUGCUGUAAAAAUAGCUUCUGUACACUUGUACUUUCUUGUAGAAAUAUAAAAUUUAUAAAAUAUACUGGUGUGUAAACAUUCGACCGGAAAAUUUCUCUCUUUCAGUUAAAUUUUUGAUUGACUUUUUUCAAAGCAUCGAUGAACUAUUCUGCUCACGAAUAGCGGAGAUGUCGACUUUGAGGAGCGUAUUUUUGAUUGACCUGAUAAGAGGCUGUUCAAUUUCAUGUAUUGCUAUAUCAAUCGUAAUUUCUAUAUUGAUACAUUGAUGCAAGAUGUAUAAUUAUCAUUUAUACUUAAUUUUCUAAAGAAAUUUCAGAUCUCUUUGAUUAUUUCCCCCCUUUGGUACCUAGUAACAAAGUGCAACCCCUUCAAAGAACUAAUUCAACGGUUGAGCAUUUGUGAUUUUUGAACCUAAUAACGAAUCUCUCCCGUUUGCAAAAGUGCGAAGGGAAUAGUUAAAGAGAUUCGAUAUUUGUAAUGUAUUGUAAAAGUAUGAAUGCUUUUUUGUUCUAGAAAUUAUGGGUUUUGAUUAAUUCAUUGAUAACAUUUU